AUGGAAGCUCCACUCUCUCAAACUCUGCCAAACCCGAACCCAGGGACUCGGCAUAGCAACACCGUGGGUACCUGCUUUGCUCGGGGGAUGGAAGCUCCGCCUUCUCUCCCAGCGUCCUGUUCAGGUCACUGUUGUGAGCAGCAGGUGGCGCUCUCGUCCACAGAGGCUUACCAGCUCUUACUGCAGCAGGACAGGCAGCUGCGGCUACUGCAACAACAGGUGCAGAUGCUGUUGGAGGCUCAAGGGAAGCCCCAGUCGACCCAACAUCAAACUCAGACUCAGAUCAAAACCACCGCCAGCAUCGCAGUGGGCACAGGAGCAUCUCUGUUCUGGCCUGAGCCGCCUUCUCUGCGUCGCGACUCCUCUACCUCUCCUCCCCCUGUAGAGGGCGCUGGAUUCCGCCCUCAAAGCAUAGCCACUCCCCCCUCCAAACGUGGGUCCUGUGAUCAGAACGAGCUCAGAGCCGAGAGGAGCAGGACGGCCGCCUCUCCUGCCGCAUCUCGCAACGGUCUGAGCGCUGUGGAGAGCCCAGUCCUGGGGGAGAGCGCCAGCAUGUACCAGCCCCAGGAGGACCAUCAGAGCAGCUUCUACCACAACCUCAUGACGCAGUUGAGCAGUCGUCUGCGAGAGGAAGGCCAGACCGAACCUGAGGACCAGACCGAACCAGAGGACCGGACAAAGCCCGAAGAGAAGGAGACGAAACAGGAAGUGGAGCGAGAGAGUCUAGAUCGCUCCUCUCUCUCCUCCUCAGCACCAGGGUCUAAGCAGCAGAGGAAGAAGUCCCCCAGAGCAGCAGAGGGAGAGGACGCAGUGAUGAGCGCCACCAUGCGGCGGCUGCAGCAGCUCGGAGUGAAACUCGACCAACGAGAUCUGAGCGAGAGCGCGAGAGAGAGAACCGCGACAGUGGACAGCGCCAGUACUCUUGCCUGCAUUAACCCAGAUGCCCUGGUCUCUCGCCUCACCUCCUCUCGCCACACCUCCUCUCUCUCUCCGCUCCCUCGCUCCUCCUCCUCCAGUGUCGACCUGAGUCUCGAGGCCAACGCCAUAGCCCUGCGCUACCUCUCCGAUCGCCAGCUCACCUGCCUCACCCUGCCUCCCCCCCAGACUGCCUCCCCCAGCCAAGCAGACCUCACCCUACUCUCCCCCAGCAACAUGUCUCUGGCCACACGGAAGUACAUGCGACGCUAUGGCCUCAUCGAGGAGGAGGAGGAAGAAGAGGAGGAGGAGGAGGAGGAGAGGCGGUCAUUUUAUGAGCCCCUCCCACCGCAGAGUCAGCUCAUCCGGCAGCUCAAGCCCAAGAUGCAGCUGCUGAACAGGCCUAAAGGGGGCGCCGGUGAGGAGGACAAGGAGAACACACCAAGGAGGAGGAAUACGGUGGAGAAUCAUGGAUCUGUGGGAAACAUUCUAGACCUGAGUCGUCUGAGGCAGCUCCCUAAACUGUUCUGA